AUGGAUGAUAUUGAAGAAGUUUAUUUUAUUAUAAGACUUUGUCCUCGUAUGACAUAUCUCAAAAUCAAUUUGAUUGAUAAUGUUGAUUAUGAAAUGUUUCUAAAAAAUCUUUUAAUGAAAAUUAAUAAUGAUUGUAGUCAAUAUCUUCGUUCAUUAUGUCUUUAUAUUCCAACAGCAAACAAUGAUAUGAUUAACAAAUUACAAGAUAUGAUUAAUCGUGAGAAACUUCUUCAUUAUUUUACCAUUAAACUUGAAUUUGAUAAUAUAUAUCUUCAAUGGAAAUGA